AUGUUCUUCAAGCGAUCAGGGAUAGCGGCGGUGGCAGCUGCAUGGUUUGCCAGCACGACGGUUGCUCAGACUUGGUCAUCAUGUAAUCCAUUGUCCUCUUCAAGUUGCCCGGCCGAUUCGGCACUGGGCAUGUCAGUCAACGUGGACUUUACCCAGGGCGAAGUCAACGCGUUUGUGCCCAGCGGAGGAAGCCCAACGUACGGCCAUGAAGGCGCGAGCUUCACCGUCGCCAAAAGCGGCGACUCGCCUCAGCUCAUCAGCAUCUUCUACAUCAUGUUCGGCCGCGUCGAGGUCACCAUGAAGGCAGCCCCCGGCGCUGGUAUUGUCAGCUCUCUUGUGCUCCUCUCCGAUGUGCUCGAUGAGAUCGACAUGGAGUGGCUCGGAUCGGACGACAGCGAGGUCCAGACCAACUACUUCAGCAAAGGCCAGACCACCUCCUACAACCGCGGCGAGUUCAACCCGGCACCCAACAACCAGGGGGAGUUCAUCACCUACACCAUCGACUGGACCCCGGACCGCAUCAUCUGGUACGUCGGCGGUACCGUGGUUCGCACCUUGACCUAUGACGCCGCCGACGGCCAGUACCCGCAAACGCCCAUGCAGGUCAAGUUCGGCGCUUGGGCUGGCGGCGAUCCUUCCAACCCCCCUGGCACUGUCGAGUGGGCGCGCGGGCCGACCGACUACUCUAAGGGACCGUUCACCAUGCUGGUACGCUCUGCGGUGGUAACCGACUACUCGACGGGCAAGAAGUACACCUACGGCGACCAGUCGGGCUCGUGGCAGUCCAUCCGGUCCGACAGCGGAAAAAUCAACGGUAACGCCAACGGUGCUGGGUCUGUUACCGUUACGGCCAGUGCCUCAGCUGCCACCGGCUCCCUAUCGCCCACCAUCCCGCCUGGCGGUAUCAUCGGUGGUACCGCAACUGAUAGCGCGGGCUCUCCAUCGCGCACCGUCGGGACCAUCCCCGACGGCUGGGUCAUGACCUCGGACGGCAAAGUCGUGCCCGUCGGAUCGAGCACCACACCCCCAGCCGAACCCUGCUCCUCUUCCUCCUCAGCACCCUUUGCCUCGCGCUCGCAGGAGCCUGGCAAUAACGAUACCACCUUCGCCACUAGCAUUAUGACCACAGCAGCGCCCCCCUCUGGAUCCUCUGCCGACACACCGGAGGAGACAGGGACAGCUGGCCCGAGCGGGUCUGGUGGGACUGGCGUCCCCAAAGAGGCCCCGGGUGUGAAUGGUGCCGCUGCUGGUGUUAGUGCUGGAGGUUUUGCGGUGGUGCGGGUGCUUCUCGCUGCGGUGGUUGGCGGAAGCGUUGGGUAUCAUGUUUUGUUUUGA